AUGAAUAUCAUAGUGGUUACAAACUUGACGUACGUAAGAGUGACAAGAAACGUUACACUUUCCGGUGUAUUAACAAGGAAAGUCAAUCUUGUAGCUGGAGGUUUCAUGCGUCUCUCGUUGCCAAUACUAAAGGUGUGUUUCAGUGCAAGACGUUUAACGGAGAGCAUGCAUGUGAUUUUAGCUUCUUAUGAUCCAGCAAAGGUCAGGAUGACGAAGUCUUUUCUGAAGGAUAUCUUAAUUGAUGAAUUUCGAGCAUCAUAUAAGAAGAAGACUGCAGCUGAUGUUAAAGAUCUCCUCCAUCUGGAGUAUGGUAUUGAUCUCUCGUAUAGUCAGGCAUACCAUGGUUUACAGUUCACUAAAGAGUCUCUUUGGGGUGAUGACAUCAAGUCCUAUUCAGACUUUGUUUGGUAUAAAGACUCAAUUGAAUGUUAUAAUCCUGGAAGCAUCGUCAACUUUGAGUAUGUUGGUGAAACGAAGCAGUUCCAGAGGUUUUUUGUUGCUUUCGAAGCUUCCAUUAUUAGUUUCAAUAAUUACUGUCGUCCGAUGUUAUUUAUUGAUUGCACUUUUCUCACUGGGAAGUUUAAGGGAGGUCUUAUGGUUGCUUGCGGGACAACUGGUAACCAAGAGAUCUAUCCAGUUGAUUUUGGUAUUGUACCUUGCGAAAAUUGUGAGAGUUGGGAAUGGUUCUUAACCAAUCUGAAGGGUAUUAUUAGGGAAGACCGUCCACUGACCAUCAUAUCAGACCAUGGAGCUGGCAUUUUGAAGCGUGCCCCUAUUAUCUUCCCAAAGGAUUACUAUUCUUACUGUUUGUACCACAUGAAAGAUGGUAAAGAUUCCAUUCGAGAACUGGGCAGCUCAUGCUUUUCAAGGAAAAGGUUUGGUGAGAACACAUCGAAUAUUGCGGAGAGUUUUAAUAGUGUUAUCAAGCAUGAUAAGCGGCUACCAGCACUAGAGCUUGUGGAUUGUAUUCGUGCUAAGGUAAUGGAGAAGAACUACAAGAGGUUGGUGGAGUCUAGUAAGUGGAAUUCCAUACUUACUCCCCGGAUGCAAGCUAGGCUCAAAAAGAGGGUGACCGACUGCCGUUUCUACAAGUUUAGAAGAUCAAGUGAUAAAGUCUUUGAAAUAAUUUCUCCUAAUGGAAAGCACAUGGUCGAUUUGGAUGCUAGAACUUGCACUUGCAAUUGGUGGCAGAAGCAUAGUUUCCCUUGCACCCAUUCGAUGAAAGCUAUGUUGCAGAUUGGGCCAGACAAACCUUACAAGCACAUCAGUCCGUAUUAUACCACUGAGUACUAUGGAGGUUUGUAUGCUCGUCCUAUCUAUCCCAUUCUCGACCAUGAGAGGCCUCCUAAAAUUAAUGAAAAAGGUUAUGUCUUGCCUCCCUGUGACGCCCCAAAUACUAAACCUGCUUAG